GGACUAACUACGGGUACCCGGCCGGCUCUUGCGGAAGUCCAUGCGCCAUUGGGAGGGACUCGGCGGCUGCUAUAUGCCCUUGUUGCUGAGUGCCUGUUCCUGGGUCACUGCGGGAGCAGAAGUCGGACUGGGGCCGACACGGGGCUCCCACGUGGCCGUCUCGGCGCCUGUGUGUGGUCUGCGCUGGCGGGAUGUGGCGAGCACGCCAGGCGGCCGUGUCCUGUGAAGUCUGCCAAUUGUUAGUGAAACACAGCUCUGAUAUACAAAGAAACUUACCACUCCAAAAGCUACAUCUGGUUUCACGAAGUAUUUAUUGCUCACAUCAUCCAGCCCUAAAGCUUCAAAGACCCCAACUAAGGACGUCGUGUCAGCAGUUCUCUUCUCUAACUAACCUUCCUCUACAUAAAUUAAAACUUUCUCCAAUUAAAUAUGGCUACCAGCCCCGCAGGAACUUUUGGCCAGCAAGGUUAGCUGCAAGGCUCUUAAAACUUCGAUAUAUCAUACUGGGAUCUGCUGUUGGAGGUGGCUAUACAGCAAAAAAAACCUUCGAUGAAUGGAAAGAUAUGAUACCAGACCUUAGUGACUAUAAGUGGAUUGUGCCUGACUUUAUAUGGGAAAUUGAUGAGUAUAUUGAUUUGGAGAAAAUUAGAAAAGCCCUUCCCAGUUCGGAAGACCUUGCCAAGUUAGCGCCCGACCUGGACAAGAUUGCGGAAAGCCUCAACCUACUGAAGGACUUCUUCACCGCAGGUCACACAUUGGUUAGUGAAGUCAUAGACGCUUCUGGCCCACUUCUCUUGUUAGGUUCACCAGGAGAAACAGCAUUUAGAGCAACAGAUCAUGGAUCCGAAAGUGACAAGCAUUAUAGGAAGGGUCUGCUUGGUGAGCUCAUUCUCUUACAACAGCAAAUUCAAGAGCACGAAGAGGAAGCACGCAGAGCCGCUGGCCAGUAUAGCACGAGCUAUGCCCAACAGAAGCGCAAGGUGUCAGACAAAGAAAAGAUUGACCAACUUCAAGAGGAACUUUUGCAUACACAGCUAAAGUAUCAGAGGAUCUUGGAGCGUUUAGAGAAGGAGAACAAAGAGCUGAGAAAAUUGGUACUGCAGAAGGAUGACAAAGGCAUCCAUCAUAGGAAACUUAAGAAAUCUUUGAUUGAUAUGUAUUCUGAAGUUCUUGAUGUUCUCUCCGAUUAUGAUGCCAGUUACAAUACACAGGAUCAUCUACCACGGGUUGUUGUGGUUGGAGAUCAGAGUGCUGGAAAAACAAGUGUGCUGGAAAUGAUUGCCCAAGCACGGAUAUUCCCACGAGGAUCCGGGGAGAUGAUGACACGUUCUCCUGUGAAGGUGACUCUCAGUGAAGGUCCUCAUCAUGUGGCCUUGUUUAAAGAUAGCUCUCGGGAGUUUGAUCUUACCAAGGAAGAAGAUCUUGCGGCAUUAAGACAUGAAAUCGAACUCCGAAUGAGGAAAAAUGUGAAAGAAGGUUGUACUGUUAGCCCUGAGACCAUAUCUUUAAAUGUCAAAGGCCCUGGGCUGCAGAGGAUGGUGCUUGUGGACCUGCCGGGUGUGAUCAAUACUGUGACAUCAGGCAUGGCUCCUGACACAAAGGAAACGAUUUUCAGUAUCAGCAAAGCAUACAUGCAGAAUCCUAAUGCCAUCAUCCUGUGCAUUCAAGAUGGCUCUGUAGAUGCUGAGCGCAGUAUUGUUACAGACUUGGUCAGUCAAAUGGAUCCUCAUGGAAGAAGAACCAUAUUUGUUUUGACCAAAGUAGACCUGGCAGAAAAAAAUGUAGCCAGUCCAAGCAGGAUACAGCAGAUAAUUGAAGGCAAGCUCUUCCCAAUGAAAGCUCUGGGUUAUUUUGCUGUUGUGACAGGAAAAGGAAACAGCUCUGAGAGCAUUGAAGCUAUAAGAGAAUAUGAAGAAGAAUUUUUCCAGAAUUCAAAGCUCCUAAAGACAAGCAUGCUAAAGGCACACCAGGUCACCACAAGAAAUCUAAGCCUUGCUGUGUCUGACUGCUUUUGGAAAAUGGUUCGAGAGUCAGUUGAACAACAGGCUGAUAGCUUCAAAGCAACACGCUUUAACCUGGAGACGGAGUGGAAGAAUAACUACCCACGCCUUCGAGAGCUCGACAGGAAUGAACUAUUUGAAAAAGCUAAAAAUGAGAUCCUUGAUGAAGUUAUCAGCCUGAGCCAGGUCACUCCAAAACACUGGGAGGAAAUCCUUCAACAGUCUCUGUGGGAAAGAGUAUCAACUCAUGUGAUUGAGAACAUCUACCUUCCAGCUGCACAGACCAUGAAUUCAGGAACAUUUAACACCACAGUGGACAUCAAGCUUAAACAGUGGACUGACAAGCAGCUCCCUAAUAAAGCAGUAGAGGUUGCUUGGGAGACGCUGCAGGAGGAAUUUUCCCGCUUCAUGACAGAACCCAAAGGAAAGGAGCACGAUGACAUAUUUGACAAACUCAAGGAAGCUGUGAAGGAGGAGAGUAUCAAGCGGCACAAGUGGAACGACUUUGCAGAAGACAGCUUGAGGGUCAUUCAGCACAAUGCCUUGGAAGACCGGUCCAUAUCAGAUAAGCAACAGUGGGAUGCAGCCAUUUACUUUAUGGAAGAGGCACUUCAAGCUCGGCUCAAGGAUACUGAAAAUGCUAUUGAAAACAUGAUAGGCCCAGACUGGAAAAAGAGGUGGUUGUACUGGAAGAAUCGAACUCAGGAACAGGGUGUUCACAAUGAAACCAAGAAUGAAUUGGAGAAGAUGCUGAAGUGUAAUGAGGAGCAUCCAGCUUAUCUUGCAAGUGAUGAGAUUACCACAGUCAGGAAGAACCUGGAGUCGCGAGGAGUCGAAGUAGAUCCAAGCUUGAUUAAGGAUACUUGGCAUCAAGUUUAUAGAAGACAUUUCUUAAAGACAGCUCUAAAUCAUUGUAACCUUUGUCGAAGAGGUUUUUAUUACUACCAGAGGCACUUUAUAGAUUCUGAGCUGGAAUGCAAUGACGUGGUCCUGUUUUGGCGAAUACAGCGCAUGCUGGCCAUCACUGCCAAUACAUUAAGGCAGCAGCUCACAAACACUGAAGUUAGGCGACUAGAAAAAAACGUUAAGGAGGUAUUAGAAGAUUUUGCUGAAGAUGGUGAGAAGAAGAUUAAAUUGCUUACUGGUAAACGGGUUCAGCUGGCUGAAGAUCUGAAGAAAGUUAGAGAAAUUCAAGAGAAACUUGAUGCCUUCAUUGAAGCUCUUCACCAGGAGAAGUAGAUUGUAUGAAAAUCCUGCUCCUAAUCACCUCUGCAUACAUUCGAAGAACGAGAACUUCGGUCUUUUGUUCUGCCUCCUUUCUCCUGUUCUACCUUUUCAGUGCAAAAUAAAGUCAUAGGGUAAAAUUAACUUCUGUGUGUCACAGGCACUUCAGCCCUCGGCUGCCUCGUGAGCAGAAGAACCGUGAAAAUGACCCCACAGUCUGUGUUUACUGAUGUGACAUUGGGAAAACAAGUUUGCCAUGGCCCUUACUUAGGCUUAGUCCUCAAAGAUAAGGAAGUUAUCUCUCAAGUCUUAUUUGUGGUGGCACCAGUGGAAUUCAUUAGGGAUGUCAUCAGACAUAUAAUGGUAGUUGCUUUGGAAUAAAACUUAAAGUAAUUUUUAAGAGACAUCAAUUGUCUCUUAAAAUUGUAUAUAUGGCGACGAUUGCCUGCUAAGCCAUCAUCUGUCUGAAGUGUUCUGUAUCCAGGACUGUUGGGCUGUAAUAAUUCAGUUUAUGUUCACCACAUGAAAGAAAACUGGUUUACAAAAGAGUGUUUCAGACAGGUUAGCUUAUAUUGGACAGUUUCUGUGCAUAUUCAGUGACAGAAGCAUCAACUUACUGUUACCAGCUUAGACACUCGCCUUGGAAGCCAAUAGCAACAGCUUACAUCCAUUGCUGUUUUUACACUCUCUAUAUCCAUUUGCAAUGAAUUCUUUUUGAAUAUUGUGUGCUUUCCAUCAGACUUUCUGGUAAUAAUGCAUCUCUCCUGUUGACAGCCAUUGAAUUAUGACCCAAAAUGGAGAAGAUUAAAGGUAAUCACCUGACAAAUUUCAUUUAGAGUGAUGUCAAACAUUUGAACUAGGUCAGGCUGCAGCACAUCCGUCAUACACUAUUUUAAAUAAAGAUUAUUCUAACAAGUGGGAGAACAGUGACCCACCUCUUAAAUAUGAAAAUUCUGUUUAAUUCACUGCAGUUCAGUUACAGUAGUAAUCCUCACAACAUUGUCAUGUGUUUUAUUUAAAACUGUAUUGGCUAAAACAAAUAUGCCAUAUUUUACUUAAAACAUCUCUUUCAUUUGCUACUUUUUAUUAUUAAGGCUUUAUCGUGCCAGUAAAAUGCCCAGUGUUGCAGUUUCUAGGUCACAGUUAAUUUUAUAAGCAAUUUUCUUGGAAUUGUUUUUGAUAACAAUUCUCUACCCACACACAUACUUUUUUAAAAACUACAAAUACAGAUCAUGAUUCUCUGAAAUUCUGACAGUAUGAAAGGCAAAAUAUUUCAGAAACUGUAAAUUCAGUAAGUAUUUUAUUUAAAUUAUCAGAGAAGACAUUUAGGUUCGACCCUCAGCAUCUGAGAGCAGCGUCCAUCGUGUCCCAGGCCAGAGUGCUCAUGUGCCCUGUGUCCUGUUUAGGUGUGGGAUUGUGUUGAAUAUUAGCUAAGGGGAGCCCUGCAGGAGAAAUCUCCAGGUUUUUCCUAAGCAAAAGGCUGAUGUGAGGCAUCAUAUCCCUUUGUAUAUUUUUUUCCCCGUGGAAGAGAACCUUUAUUUCUUGAGGGGGUCAAUAUUUGUAACUUCAACUAAUUACCAAAAAUCCGUGUCAUUCUUCACAUCCCCCAUGGGUUAUUUUUAACCUGGUUUCAAGCUAAACAUGCCUUUACACACACACACAUACCCUUAAAAGCUAGGUAUUUAUCAAAUGCAGAAGCUGUGGGAAGGAAAUAAAGUUCAGUCCAGCAGUUGACCCUGUCUGUCUAUCACAUCUAUAGUUCUGGCACUUACUAUACAGAAAUGCAAGUCUAACUGCACAAGAAAUCAUUUGUUUCUCACGUCCAGAUAUGCAAAGAAUGGAGUAAACAAAAUUCUAUUUGGAGAACUAAGGGAUGUUUAAGGAGAUGGUAAGCAAAACGAACUGGUUGGGAUUUCGAUUAUAAACCCCGAGUCUGUACAACAUUAGCCAGAGGAAGCAAGCUUGCUGCUUUACCCCGCACAGCAACCAGGCUGCAGUUACAGGUGGAGCGGCCAGCCUUUCCGGGUCUUACUCCUAGUCUCCUGUGAACUAGGCCAUACUCAGUGCACUCCCACAGGUUGCCUGGUACCCAAAUGGAAAUGAGCAGUGUAAGUGCAUAGGGAGCACAGCGAGUGAGACUUCCCACCUGCAGUUUUGGAAUGUCACAUAUAGGAUUCUGGUGGCAUACUGCAGUAAUCCCAGCCCUUGGGUGGCAGAAGCAGGACUAUUAUGAGUUAAAAGCAAUCCAGAGCUCCCUGUGGAGGCCCUAUCUCAAAAACAAAAAUAAUAAAAUUAAGAGUAUAGGCUUAACAGGCAAAUUUCUAGUUGAUUUUGUAUUUAUUUAUUUCAGAUGUAUUUAUCUGAUAAGAAACAUGGUAUCUUUUUCCAAUAAAUGAGAUGAUGGUGCUGGCGUAUCUCCAUCCUCUACGCUGGUGUAUGGUAGACUGUCACAUGCUGUAACAAAUGGAAAUGUGCUUGAAAAUAUGCUUACCUUCUAAACAAUCAUGACUAUUUAAUAUCUAAGUAUUUAAAACUUAACCAUGUCUUCAUGUGCACUGUGAAUGGACUUUGUAUUAUUUUUUUAAACCUUACACUUGAUGUAAAUGUUACUACGACUUAUAUUUGCCUGUGCUUGAUCUAAGGUCAUUUGUGUAGAUGGGUAAUUAAAAGAUACUGAAGUGACAUUAUAACUCUA